ACUAAGUCCACAGCUCCUCUCACAGUAUUCUCACAGGGAUGUGGGUCUGACAGCAGCGAUAUCAGCGCACACAUUUGGAUAAGGAAUUCUCUUCUCUUUGACCAUUGUGGUGAACCGUGCAGGCAAUGCAGCAUAUCUCUGAGCCGAGGCCCAACAUGAUGACCCCAUCCCCCCCUACAGCUGAACCCUACCACCAAGGCAACGUCAGGAUGACCCUGGAAAAGGCUGACCUCUGGAAGUCCUUCCACAACCUGGGGACUGAGAUGAUAAUCACCAAACAUGGCCGGAGGAUGUUUCCCCAUUGCAACGUCAGUCUAUCUGGACUCCAACCCUAUACCAACUAUGUCCUCAUGGUGGAAAUGGUUCCGGUGGACAACUCCAGAUACAGGUGGAAUAAAGGCCAGUGGGACAUGGCUGGGAAAGCCGAGCCCCAGCUCCCCUGUCGGACGUACGUGCAUCCAGACUCCCCCACCCCGGGCUCCUACUGGAUGAAACAAUCGGUGUCCUUUCUCAAGCUCAAACUCACCAACCACACACUGGACCAGCACGGCCAUAUCAUCCUGCACUCUAUGCAUCGCUACAUCCCACGCUUCUCUGUGGUCCAGGCUGACAGUCUGCACAGUGUGCGCUGGGGACACUUCCAUUACUUCUCCUUCCCUGAGACCUCCUUCACUGCAGUCACGGCCUACCAGAACACUAAGAUCGCUAAACUGAAGAUUGACCACAACCCCUUUGCUAAAGGAUUCAAAGGGGAGAACACCCGUACUCAUAGCAAGAGGUGUCGAUCCAACAAGAGUUCUGGAAAUGCUUCAAAGAAAGCCAAACAAGACAGAGAAACAGAAUUCAAAAGUCCUUCAGACCUCCAAAGGGCAAAAUUAGACUGUGAGCCAGCAGAACGGGGGAUAACCUUGGGAACAACGGAGAACAUGGUGUCGGCUAAGGAGGAUCUCUUCUCCCCCUGGGCCAUAGAACAGGACCCAUCCCAGAGCCACAGCCUGCACACUGAACUACUGGAGCUCCACGACCACAGACAGGACUACAGCACCGAGGAGCAGAUGGUGCCUGGCCCUGCAUCUAUGUCCUCCCAACCAUGCAGAUCUGUUGAGCAUGGCAGACUUCCAUCUCCAUCUUCUGUAGUGGAGGAUUGCAAAGGCAGGCGCAGCUAUGAGUCUCACCUCCGUGAUGUAGCCACUGUCCCUGGGCACAAGACUAACAGUCCUGGCCCUGUCAGGGACAUGGGACACACCCCCUUGGCUCAAGCUAUGCCCCAGGACUAUAGCAUGUCCCCUGUCCAUCUGCCCACGUCCUCCAAAACCUACCCUGGGUACUUGGGUUACAGUUAUCCCCUCUAUGGCCACUACACUACUAACCAGGGCAUGGGUCAGUGGAGUGAGGGUGGUACAGGACAGUACCCUGGACAGUCCUUGACUCACCACCUGCCCUUCUUCACCAGUCAAACACUGACUGCAGACCACGGCACCCACCAACGCAGCGUCCAUCACCAUGGCAACACAGAGGCAGAGUGGAGCUGGAGCCAGUACUUGAGUUUGGAUAAUGAUCAGAAUAGCUGACUCUGACUCACAAAGUGAAGGAGCUGAGAUUCAUUCUGUGAACAAAGCUACUUGUGACAUUUCAGAAAAGUGAGAGCCUAUGAUCUUUGUGCACGAGGUCCAAACCAAGAUAUCGUCAAGUGUGUUUAAAAAAAACUUGCUCUCUGCUAUGGACAUGUGUGUCAAGAGAAGUGUGUGCAAUUUUCUGUUCCAAGUCUAUGCAGAGCUGCAGUCCUAUUUAGCGGAAAUAGCAGAUGGCUAUUUGAGCUAUAUACUGGACUUAAUGGACUGAGCCUCCUCAUACUGUGCCUGGUGCUCCAUAUGAACUGCAUUCAAAUGUUUGUGGGCAUUCAUGCUUGUAUUACGCAUGUGAUGUGCGUAUGCGUUUUUGUUUACUUAUCAAAGUGAUGACAAUUGAGAUCAGAUUAUGACCAAAAGGAUAUCAUGAUAUCCAAAAAUAAAUAAUAAUAAGAUUCCCAUAUCGGUAUAGUUC